GAGCCUUCAACCUGUGCCCUUAUCAUGUGCUCCCCAUGCAGGUGGCAGGUGUGUGCUGACUCACUUUGUGCUGCUGUGUGGGCUUAGCUGGUAAUUUCUGUUGCUGAUUUGGCAUAGUUGGUUGGCAAUGGCAGUCCUUGCCAUGGCUACCAGUGCCUGGGGUUUGGCCCUGUGCAGGAAGUGUUCCCUCCUGGUCUACAGAGGUGGGCAGAGGGUGCUUGGCACCAGUGGGUGGCACAGUUCUAAUGCCACACUUGCUACUGGAAUAGUACCCCAGCACUGUGUGCCCCUGAGAGCAGCAUCCUCCUCCAGAACAGAGAGUCUGUUCAAUGUGUUUGACAGGAGCAUGAAAAGGAAGCAGAAGAAGUGGGCAACAUCUCAGGCCAAUGCCCAGCAGUAUGACUACCUACAGGAGGAGGUAGGAGGCCGAAUCGCAGACCGUGUGUUUGAUGUAGCGAGAACUUUUCCUUUUGCCUUAGAUCUUAGUUCUGGAAGAGGUUAUACAUCACAUAAUUUAACAAAGGAAACCGUAGAGAAAUUUGUUCAAGCCAACGUGUGUGAGAAGGCACUGAAAAACACUGCUGCAGUUUCUGAAAUUCCGACAGUAAAUGUGAUCGCUGAUGAGGAAUUUCUGCCUUUUCAAGAUAACAUAUUUGACCUUGUUGUCAGCAGCUUAAGUUUACACUGGGUGAAUGAUCUACCUAGGGCAUUUCAAGAGAUCUAUCGUGUGCUGAAGGAAGAUGGCGUUUUCAUUGGGGCCAUGUUUGGUGGAGAAACUCUGUACGAGCUCCGCUGCUCCUUGCAACUGGCAGAGAUAGAAAGGGAAGGAGGAUUCUCGCCACACGUGUCUCCAUUCACUGCUGUCAAUGACUUGGGAAACUUGUUGGGAAGGGCUGGCUUUAACAUGUUAACCAUUGAUACAGAUGAGAUUCAGGUUCACUACCCCGGAAUGUUUGAACUAAUGAAAGAUUUGCAAGGUAUGGGAGAGAGUAACUGUGCUUGGAACAGGAGAGGUUUAUUGCACAGGGAUACAAUGUUAGCAGCUGCAGCCAUAUAUCAAGAGAUGUAUGGAGAAAAGGAUGGUUCCGUGCCAGCUACCUUUCAAAUCUACUUUAUGAUCGGGUGGAAACCUCAUAAGUCACAGGCGAAGCCUGCAAAGAGAGGGUCUGCAACUAUGUCAUUUGGAGAUCUUGGGAAAGUAAAUGAAAUUAUAUCAAAAACAAAAAAAGAUGAAAAGUAAACUUGUCACUUUUCUCAAUACAUUUGUCUGUGCAUAAUAACUAAAAUGUAGUUUUAUAAUAAUAAACGUUUUCUAAAACUGAUAGCCUUAAAAA